CGUCAUUCGGCGAGGGAUUCAUGAUGCUUCUUCCGAUAAAAGUAUCUAGGUAUCAAUCAACACGGCUUGCUUGCAUAGAAGUCCUGACAGUCAUUAAUACAAACCAACUAGAUUGUCGGCUGCAUCAAACACAAUGGGAAAACGCGCAAGGGAAUAUGACGAGGCCCCCGGUGAUCCGGGCUCAGCCUUCACUACUGUUCUCCUCAGCAUCAGCAACGGAUCCGAACCUCUAACCAAAGUCCCCGCUACUUCCGAACCAGAUCCUACAGCCACCCAAGUGCCAGCAGCCAAAAUCACCGAGUUGGAUCCUUCCCUCAUCACCACCACCAAGACCAACAAUCCCAUGCCCUGCUCCCUCCCACCGCACAAAGAACCAAUCACCUUCUCAUCCUACCAAGAAUACGAAUCUCACUACCGCAACGAACACACCAACCGCUGCCUCGAAUGCCGCAAAAACUUUCCUUCUUCCCAUCUCCUCAGCUUGCACAUCAGUGAAAAUCACGAUGUCUUCAUCCAAGUCAAGCGAGACAAGGGAGAGCGCACAUACACCUGUUUCGUAGAAACAUGCGAUAAAGUCUGUAUGACGCCACAAAAGAGGCAGAUGCACCUCAUCGCCAAGCACAUGUACCCCAAGAACUUCUUCUUUGGGGUCACGCGGUAUGGUAUUGAUGGGCGACGGUCGCUGCUGCUUGAUGAGAACAAGGAGGGCAGUGAUAAGAAAACCGACAGCAACGGCAACAGGAGGCCGAGUCUUGCGCCUGUCUCUUCAGAAUCCCAACAGCAGCACAGCCAAGACAGCACGCCACCUGUCAACACAGAAAAGCCAGUUUCAGCAGCCGCCAAACCCGAGGAUAACGAGAUGCAAGUUGAACCUGCUAGUUCUGAGCGCAAGCCGGAUGUGGAAAUGGAUCACAUCUCGACUGCCAUGUCGGCUCUCCAGUUCGUGCCAAGAGGCGUACGAUUUGGCCGUGGCAAAAGGGCCGGUUUCGCGAAACGAUAGUAUUUACUAUACUCCAAGUUGGACACUGUUUCAGCAUAAUAACACAAAGGCAGGUUGGAGUAGGUUACACCGUCACAUACCCAGUUGGAUCAAGUAUGAUAAACAAGAGACUCAGAGAGAUGAAUAUUGUACACAGUUAAUCGAGAUUCUCA